UCUUCUUCAUCUUCUUCUUCUUCUUCCUCAGCUCACUCGCAAGCUCCCACUUUCACCAUCCCACCACCGUGCUCACUCACAGCUCAAUCCAUCUCCUCUCUCUCUCUCUCUCUCUCUAGAUUCCCUCAUCGUUAGCAUUUGCGCGUACGCAGCUCAGCUGCGCGUCGAGCUCGAGAAACCCUAGAUCUCGGCCUGUUUCGGCUUCUGCACUAGCCUCCGAUCGCUGCGCCUCGGCGCUCUCGUCGUCGUCGCAAUGGCGACCCUUUUCUUGCCGGUUUCGCUCCUGCUGUCCUGCCUCGCUGUUGAAGCGGCGGCCGCGGUCACCUUCUCCUCGCGGCUGAUCCACCGGUUCUCCGACGAGGUGAGGGCGCUGAGGGCUCCCAGCGGCGGGGUCUCGAACGCCACUGGCCCGUGGCCGGAGAAGAAGAGCAUGGAGUAUUACCAGUUACUCGUGGCCAGCGAUUUCCAGAGGCAGAACAUGAAGCUCGGCACUCACUAUCAGUUGCUUUUCCCUUCCGAAGGGAGUAAGACGAUGUCGCUUGGGAAUGACUUCGGAUGGCUACACUACUCCUGGAUUGACGUAGGUAGUCCAAGUGUUUCUUUCCUUGUUGCAUUGGAUGCUGGGAGUGAUCUUCUUUGGCUUCCAUGCGAAUGUGUACAGUGUGCUCCUCUGUCCGCCAGCUACUAUAGCAGUCUGGAUAGAGAUCUGAACGAAUACAAUCCAUUGGGUUCCAGCAGCAGCAAGCACAUAACUUGCAGCCAUCAGCUAUGUGAACUGGGCCCAAACUGUACAAGUCCUGGAGAAUCCUGUCCAUACACUGCUAACUACUAUUCUGAGAAUACAUCAACUUCUGGGUUACUGGUGGAAGAUGUACUACAUCUUGCGUCAGGCAGUGGCCAGGCAUCAAAUAGUUCUGUAUUGGCUCCAAUCAUUUUGGGAUGUGGUAUGAAACAGAGUGGGGGUUACUUGGAUGGUGUUGCUCCUGAUGGUCUGAUGGGGUUGGGGCUUGGAGAGAUCUCUGUUCCAUCUUUUCUUGCUAAAGGAGGAUUGGUUCCCAACUCAUUUUCACUGUGCUUUGAUGAAGAUGAUUCUGGGACGAUUUUCUUUGGGGAUCAGGGCCCAGCCAACCAGAAAUAUACAGCUUUUCUACCUUCAAAUGGGAAUUACGAGACGUACAUUGUUGGGGUUGAGGCAUGUUGCAUUGGAAACUCUUGUCUUAAGCAAACAAGUUUCAGUGCUCUUGUGGAUAGUGGCACGUCAUUCACAUUUCUUCCCGAUGGAGUUUUUGAAACAAUUACCCAAGAGUUUGACAGGCGAGUAAAUGUAACUCACUCUAGCAUUGAAGGAUACCCUUGGAAGUAUUGCUACAAACCCAGUACAAAGGAGAAGCCAAAAGUUCCCUCUCUUUCGCUUGUUUUUCCACUAAACAACAGCUUCGUUGUCUAUGAUCCUGUUUUCAAGGUUUAUGGCAUGGAGGGGUUGGUGGGAUUUUGUUUAGCCAUACAGCCAACUGAUGGAGAUAUCGGAACAAUUGGACAGAACUUUAUGAUGGGAUACCGCAUGGUGUUUGACCGGGAAAAUUUAAAGUUAGGCUGGUCACGCUCAAACUGCCAAGAUUUAGAUGACAGUCGGAGUAUGCCUCUGACACCAAAUGGCAGAUCCCCGAACCCGUUACCCACAACCGCGCAACAGAGCGCUCCGGGAGGGCAUGCGGUGGCGCCUGCUGUGGCUGGGAGAGCGCUAUCCAAACCAUCGGCUGCUUCAGAGGACCGCACAUCAUCCCACUUACGUUUAAUCAGUUUAAUGCCACUUUUGCUACUCUUGCACUUUCUUGCCACUUUCCUGCAGAUAAACAAACCUUUUUCGCUCGCAGACCAAAAUUCACUUCGCUGACUAUGGGUCUUACGUGUAAAUUUUUCUCAGUUUUGUAAGGGAGUAGUCGGGAUGGGGAGCUUGUCGUUGUCAACCAUUGCCUGUCAGGUUUUUGUGUUUCUUCUGGGCUGGUGGUUGAUAAUGUUAUUGUAUAUUUGGCAUGUCUUAUAAAUAUUCCUUCUUGUCUUCUUCCA